UAUCAUCAGUUCUAUACAUCUUGAAGUAAUGUAAAUACAUCAUGUGGUGACCUUGUCAUGUAAUCAUCUAUUACGAGUUUUUUAUCAAGCACUAUUGUUGUGCAAUGAGGUUUCCAUGGUAGCCAAGUGACCUGGUCAAUUCUCCACGUGGUCAGUAACUUGGAGUUCUAUAGUUUUGGCAGUGAUUUUAGAUGUAAAAGGGUGGAAAGAGUAGUGAAGAUAUUCCGUGGUGAUUUGAGCUGUCGUGUGCUCUACAUUUCCAGCGUGGAAAUUAGGUCGGAAGUGACGCCAGGACGGUACGAUAAUACCAGAGGUUCUCUGCAGGUUACAGCAUAGUUGAAUAUUGAAAGCCGUGCAAUGAAGGCGAGUACCAGCAAUGGUGCGUCGUGUCGUCUCGGCAGCUUAGCCGGACGUUGAGAAAAUCGCAUUAGCGAUUUAUUUCCAAACUGGAAUGGACACGAAGACUCCACCAAUAGUAUCAAAGCAUUACGAAAAGUUGCCGAAUAAGGUGGAUAAAAGAGGAUCAACUAAAUCAGCAGAUAUUUCAUUACCUCCUUUGACACCUUUACCAAAUAACUCUCGUCAAAAAUCUAAAAGUUUGGGAACACAAUGGAAUAAACGAGUACCUUGUGUUCAUAAUCAAGAACGACAUAAAAAAAGGCCUUUCAGAGUUCUUCAAAUAGGUGCUACAGCUUUAAUGCAUGCUUGUCAACAAGGUGAUCGAGCUCGUGUCAUUCGAUUGUUAAAAGAACAAGAAGAAACUGUGGCUUAUCGUGAUCGCACUUUGAGAAACGCUUUACAUUACUGUAUGGAUGCAGCAACUGGAGGUGUCAUCGCUUCUGCGGCACCCGAACUCGUUAAUGCACCAGAUGCUGAAGGACACACUCCUCUUCAUCUGGCAGUCAUUGCUGGUGAUACGCAGUUAGUUGCCGUUUUACUUGCUAAUGGAGCUGAUGUUAAUGCAAAAGAUCUUGAAGGACAUAGUGUACUUCAUUGGGCUACUGUUUGCGGCGAAGCAGAAUGUGUUCGAUUAGUCCUGGCAUCAGGAGCAAGACCUUCAACACCAGACUUACGAGGUGGCUCUCCUUUACAUUAUGCAGCUCAAUGUUGUGGAGCUGCAGUAACAGCAGAACUUUCAGUUCCAAAAAAAGUAGGCUUAAAAGUUCUUCAGACCUUGUUGGAGUUUGGUGCCGAUGUCAAUGCUAAAGAUGAGGAUGGUCGUCAACCAAUUUUGUGGGCUGCUAGUGCAGGAAGUGUUGAAGCAGUAUUAGCAUUAGCUAGAACAGGUGGAUCUGCAGCUGCAGGAGCAACAGAUAAAGAUGGAUUGACAGCGUUACAUUGUGCUGCAUCACGAGGUCAUACUCGAUGUGUAGAAGCCUUAAUAAAUCUUUGUGGUGCACAACCGGAUCAUGUGGAUGAUAAUGGAUGUUCAGCCCUUCAUUAUGCUGCUACUCUCGGUCAUGCUGACGCUACAGCAUUACUUCUUAGACUUGGAGCUGAUCCGAAUCGUCAAGAUCGUAAAGGCAGAACACCCGCACUUUGUGCUGCUGCCAAAGGACAAUUGGAAACAUUGAAAAUACUUGCUCAACAUGGUGGUUCUCUACAUGCACGAACUGUUAGAGGUACAGGCGUUGCUCAUGAGGCGGUUUUAUCUGGAAGAAUAGAAUUGAUUGAAUGGCUUGCAAAAAAAAAGCCUUCCACUCUCGAUGUUGCUACUCACGAUGGUAGAACUCCUCUUCAUGUAGCCGCACUCUAUGGAUACCUAGAUGUUUGUAAAGUGCUAUUAGAUCAUAACGCACGAAUAAAUGCGAUCUUUCGAACAAGUAAAAGUGGCCCUAUGACACCGUUAGAUGCUGCUUUAUAUCGAGGUCAUCGAGAUUGUGCUAAACUUAUUCAAAUGCAUGGAGGGACAACAGCUCAUAAUCUUCGAACAUACAAAACAGCUCCAAAUAAGAUUUUUGCAGCAAAACUGAAAGUCAGACAGCCAACAUCAAGCUCUGAAAGUGAUGAUGAUUCAGAAAAUUGUAAAAAGAGAGAGCCAGAAGUUUACGUUGAAGAACGUUGGAUAGAAAAAAGAACUCGAAAAAGAAGUAAUCCAAAAAAGUAUGGAAAUCGUCGUGGUAGUCGUAGUUUUAGUGAAGAAGAAAUAAGAAUGUCAAAAUCUUCAUGUAGAAAUCAAAAUCGUAGGGCUAAGAGUGAAUCUGCAAGGUAUGACGAAAGCGAUUUAGAAAAAGAGCAGAAAAAGGAUGACUCUGAUAAAAAAUAUUCCAAGCAUGAGUAUAGCGAAACUUCUAGUGAUUUUGAUGAUGAUAGUUCAGAUGAAAUUAUUGAAAGUAGAACUAACAGAAUAAGUAACAAAAAAAAGAGUAAAACAAAGGAAAAUGAUUACAGUUUAAGUGACGAUAGUUUGGAAGUUAUUGUAGUACGUCGAUCAAUGCAAAAAAAAACCGAAAAAAUCGAAUAUUCUGAACGAAAAUCAAAAACUCCAAAAGAAAUGAAACUAAUCGAACGAGAACGAGAAAUGGUUAAAAAAAUACCAAAAACAUCUAGAACAAAAAGUAUAAGUAAAAAAAAUAAUGAAGAUAGGCAAAGUAGUAAUUCAGAGAAAAAUGAUGAAGACCAAAAAAACAGACAAGAAAGAAGAAUGAGUAGAAAAGAUGUUACUGAUAGUACAAGUCAAGAUACUGUAGAACAAAUGACUAUCACUGCUUUAAUUCACAAAGAUCAAUCAUCUGACACUUCAAAAUUAAAUAAUCUAGAUAAAAAUAGAAACGAUCAAGAAGAAUUAAAAAUACUCAGUGAAUCUGAACUUACGAAACACAAAAUUGAUGAAAUAUUAGAAAAAGCUGAUGAACUUCAAAAUGCGUUAAUAGUAAAAGCAGCCGAUUUAAAGAAAGAUGUUGAUGAAAUUCGACGUCAUAUUACUGAAAAAAAAUCAUUAGAAGAUGAUAAAUAUGAAAAUGAAAAUAACACUGUAUCGAAAAGUAUAAAAAAUGAAAACAAUGAAUUAGAUAAAUCUGAAAAUAUUCAGAUAAAACAUUUACAAUCACAGGAUCAAUUAGAAGAAACUCAUGAAAUUGAUACUAAUGAAUCUGAUAAUCAAGAAGUGAUCAAAGGAGAGGAAACAAGAACGCCAAUUAAUAAUAUUGAUAAUAUAGAAGAGCAUUCUCAAGAAAAACAGUCAAAUUCCGAUAUAUCAAAAAACGAAGAAGAUGGUGUUGAAGAAGAAGAAGAAGAAGUGAAAAAAAAUUCAGAAAUACCAAUAAAAGAAGUAGAAAAGGAAGAUAAUUCAUUAUCUACGCAGAGUAUAGAAAAUUCUCAAAACAACUUGAAUCAAGAAUCCAUUGAAGACCAUGAAAUUAAACAAAAUCCAGAAAAACUAACAAUUCAUACUGAGAUUCAUGAUAAAUCUCUUUCAAGUUCAAUCGAAGAACAAGAAAAUAAUAUAGAAAAAAAUAGUGAAAAAUUAACAAACUCGCUUAACAAAGAAGAGGUGGAUGAAGUAGAAACAUCCACCGUUGUAAGUUCAAAAGAUGAAAAAGUAAAUGAAAAACAAUUUAAUGAUGAUAAACAUAGUGACGGUGAUAAUAAUAAUGAUGAUGAUAGUAAUGAUAAUGUCAAUGAAGAUGACAAUAAUGAUAAUAAUAUAAUCAAUAAUAAAACACCUCAAACAAAAUUAAUAAAAAAUAAUUGUGAAAAUUUUCGGUAUGCCGAUAGUUCAUCCAGUUCAGCUAAAUCAAUAAAAAAAAUGAAACGAUCAAGAUCAUCUACUACUAAAAGUAAAAAACGUGAUAAUAAUUCUAAACAAAAUUUAUUUGAAAGUUCAGGUGAACAUUCUUUAGACAGAAGUGCAAUUAUAGCAGUAUUUGAAAGUCCUGAAUGGGAUGAAGAGGAUGAAGAAGUAGCUGAAGAAAUUCGUGACGUAAUUGGCGAUAGUAUAGAACCAGAAACAGAGCCUGAAGAUGAUGAUAGUUUGGGAGUUUUAAAAGUAUUACCGAGUACAAGUGAUGAUGAAACUCCAAGAAGACCUAGAAGACUUUUAAAAAUGUCCAAAAAUGAUACAUUAUUCCGGGCUGAACAAAAAGUUAUAGGAAAUUCACGAAAAUUCUACCAACAAUCAAAACAACGUCGAGAUAGCGGUGGAAGAGAUAGUGGAAUAGAACCGAGUCCUAGAGUUUCAAAGAUACCAAAAAGAACAUUAAAAAAGUGUUGUCCAAAUACAGAAAAACAACAAGCAUUAAAUAUAGAUACAAUAACUCGUGAUGUGCAAAUAAAUCUGCGUAGAUAUCACUUAGAAAGGAAAAUAUUUUUCCAGUUAAUGGAAUUAAAGAGACUGCAGAUAAGACAUGGUAGAGCUAAUGAACAAGUUUUAGUUAAACGACAGGUUGAAGCUUUUCAUAAGGCAGGAAUGACUGGACCAACAUUAGGAGUAGCAAAAUAUGAUCAACCAUAUACAUUCAAAAAUUUCGAGAUAUUUCUAUAUGAACAACUUCGGAAAUUACAAAAAAGAACUUCAUCACCAGAAUGGUGUACAGAAGCGAAACAAUGCACUGAAAAAACUCAUCGCUGUCAUCAUGCAACAAGUGCUUACACUUCACUUCCUAUUUAUACUUAUCUGGGUGGAAAAAGUCAAAAUCGAGACGAGGGAUCACUCCUUCCUAAAUUAGAAGGUCGUGGAAAAGGCCACAUGACAGUCAAAGUAACCAGAGGCGAAGAGAAACAAAUUAUUGCACUACCAGCGGAAAAACUAGAUAGUACAAAAAGAUAUUUUGUCACAUUUACAGUUCGAGAUGAAAGCCAAUCAAACGGAAACGGGGUGGUGAAGACUUCACAUGACGCACAAAGAAACACAAAAAGUGUAUAGAUAACUGCCCUGAGAUAAAUGUUCAAUUUUUAAUUAUUUAUAUAAAAUAUAUCUAUUUAAUGUCGAAUAUAAAAAAUUAUAUAUAUAUGAAUAACUAUGUC